GGGAGCCCGCGGCGCGGCCCAGCCCGGGGGACCACUGGCCUCCAGGAGGCGGCGAGGGUCCUCGUCGCCGCCACCCCGGGGCUGGCCUGACCGACCUGCCAUGGGUCAUUCCACGCGCGCCUCCGAGCUUCCCGAGGGCGCUCUCGCAGACGCCUAGGGCUCCCGGGUGUGAGGCGCACGCAGGUACUGGGAAAGCUUGGAGUGGGCGAAGGAGCAGAGGGGAGCUCGGAGGCCGCCCCUUCUCUGCCGUCAGCACCCUCCCCGGCACAGAAACAGCAGGCUCCAAAGCACGCUUCAAGUUAGCCCCAUCCUCAAGCGCCGACUCCAAACGGAUGGGUGCACACCGAGGUCUGCGGAGGUUUGGGGAUGAGACUCUGGUUGACUCCUGUGUGCUUUGCCAGUAACAUGUGAAAACUGAAUCUGGCCUUGGGUAGAAUUAGACAAGAAUGAGCAAGAAGAUUUUAGGCGCUGUCUUAGAUAUCUGGUUAAGCAAAGUGCCCUACUGACAUCCGCCUUUUACGAGCCGAAAGCCACACACCUGGAAGAAAUGGAAAACCCGGUCUACAUGCCUAGUUCCCAGAGACCCGCCCCUCGGAAUUGCGCAGGCUCAGUCGCUGCCUCUAAGUCUUCCUGCUCCCCCGUCUCCUGCGGCUGUCAAAAUCCGGACUCUUAGCUUCCUUCAGGCCGGCGACACAGCUUCGCGCAUGCUCAGCGUUCACGGGGGUGGAUUGCAGCCACGUGCUUCCAGCCCGUCGCGGCGCUUGCGCAGUAGCAACCCGGAGUCGGUGCCCCUAGGACGCUUUUCGUACCUUGACUCCCGCCGUCUGCGCAAGGCCGUUUGUGCUCGGUGACCUGUGCACACGCCUUGCGAGCGUCGGCGCCAUGGGUCUGACUUCCAAUUCCAGCUUGCGAGUUGAAUGGAUUGCAGCAGUUACCAUCGCAGCUGGGACAGCUGCAAUUGGAUACCUAGCUUACAAAAGAUUCUGUGUUAAAGAUCAUCUCAGUAAGUCUAUGGUGAACCUUCACAUCCAGAAAGACAACCCCAAAGUAGUACAUGCCUUUGACAUGGAGGAUUUGGGAGAAAAAGCUGUGUACUGCCGUUGUUGGAGGUCCAAAAAGUUCCCCCUCUGUGAUGGAUCUCACACAAAACACAAUGAAGAGACUGGAGACAAUGUGGGACCUCUGAUCAUCAAGAAAAAAGAAACUUAAAUGGACAGUUCUGAUGAUACAAAUCAACUCGUCGUGAUGUUACCUGAUUAUUUAAUUAGAAUGGCUACCACUUCUGUCUAAUUCACCUCCCCUGGAUUCUAGAUGUGGUAUAUUGCAAACUUCAGCUUUUGUGCUCAUGGCAUUUGCCUUACUUGUUGAAACAUUGUGGUGCACAUUUGUUUAAGCAGGAAAAAAAAAGAAAAAGGAAGAACUAACUUUAUGGCUUGUGGAUUAUUUUAGUCUUAUAAGAAUCUGUUUAUUUACAUUUAAAAUAAUGGUAUUAGAAUAUAGUUGUAUCUUGAAGUUAACAUAUUAAAUUCUUAAAAUCAUGUAUAUGCAUAUCAUACUUGUAAGUUUCAAAGAAAAAUUACUCCCUUUUCAUAUCACUUAAUCUAGAAGAUAAAUAGGGUAUGAUUAAGCUACAUUAAUUUCUUAAUACGAUCUAGGAAAAACCUGUUGUGACAUGAUUUUCUUCUUGCCAAAAGUAAUGACCCUAAAAAAAUGUGAUUUCUGUAUUUUCAGAGUUUUCAGUCAAAAUGAACUGUGAAUGUGUUCUAAAUUAUAAAUCAUCCAGGUCAGUAAUAAAGGGGCAACAACUUC